CUGGCGCGCGAAGACAAAACAACUCAGAGUGGACGCUUCUUUCUUUAAACAGCAUGUAAAAGUGAGACACAAUCGCCACAGCGACGACAAAGUGUGAUAAAGAUAAAGCCGUCGCGCGAGGGCAGCUCUGAUGCGCCUGUGCACGUGGACGCAGAGGCGUGCGUGGAAGCAACAGGCGGUGAAGCGAGAGACGUCUCUCCUCGUGACAUCUGUAACUUGUGAUUUUGGUGCGAGCCAGCACAGGACACGCGGCGUGGAUACCUUCACGCGCGGGAGCCGUUGUGUAAACGCGGAGCGAGAAAGAGGGCGGUCAGAGGAGUGACGGCACACGGUGCGCCGCGCGCUGCUCUCACUCCCAGCUCGGCUUCUGGUGGGGUGCCCGUCGCACGUGCAGUUUGUUGUUCGUGCACGGCGGGACAACCGGCGUCGGGAGACGCAUGCUUGAAAAGACCUGCGCUCACUUGACGCCCGCUUUGGUGAUGCCAUGCCCCGGAACCACAGCGGAGACGAAGGCGGCACCGGGCUCUGGAUGAGGACCUCGCCGGGGCACCGUACCGAAGGCUACGGCUUGAAGGAUGUGGAGUCCGGCGGAAAGAUGAUGAACAACGCAGGAGACGGCUUGCUGUCGGCCCCCGGCGCCGCAGGUGCUGCCGGGUCCGACAACGCGAGGGGGAAGCAGGGAGCCCGGCUCAGCCUGCUGGGGAAGCCACUCUUAUACAGCACCCAGAGCGGCCGGAGAAACGUGCGCUACCGGCGGCUUCAGAACUACCUGUACAACGUGCUGGAAAGACCGAGAGCCUGGGCGUUCAUCUACCACGCGUUUGUGUUCGUCUUGGUCUUCAGCUGCCUGGUCCUCUCUGUGUUCUCCACCAUCCCGGCUCAUCAGGAGUUCUCCUCCUACUGCCUGCUCAUUCUGGAGUUUGUGAUGAUUGUGGUGUUCGGGUUGGAAUUCAUCAUCCGUAUCUGGUCAGCGGGAUGCUGCUGUCGCUACAGAGGAUGGCAGGGUCGGCUGCGCUUUGCCAGGAAGCCCUUUUGUGUCAUCGACAUCAUAGUGCUGAUAGCGUCAGUGGCGGUGGUGUCAGCAGGUAGCCAGGGCAACAUCUUUGCCACGUCAGUCCUGCGAAGCCUGCGUUUCCUGCAGAUCCUACGAAUGGUGCGAAUGGACCGAAGGGGAGGCACCUGGAAGCUGUUGGGCUCUGUAGUCUACGCACACAGCAAGGAACUGGUAACCGCCUGGUACAUCGGCUUCUUGGUCCUCAUCUUCUCUUCGUUCCUUGUCUACCUUGUGGAGAAUAAGUUCAACAAUGAGUUUGCUACGUAUGCGGAUGCCUUGUGGUGGGGCACGAUCACCCUGACAACCAUCGGCUACGGAGACAAGACGCCAAAGACGUGGACGGGGCGGAUGCUGUCCGCGGGGUUCGCCCUCCUCGGCAUCUCCUUCUUUGCCUUGCCAGCUGGUAUUCUGGGUUCAGGCUUUGCCCUGAAGGUCCAGGAGCAGCACAGACAGAAGCACUUUGAGAAGAGAAGAAACCCAGCGGCCUACCUCAUCCAGUGUGUUUGGCGUAGUUAUGCGGCUGAUGAGAACUCGGUUUCCAUUGCUACCUGGAAGCCUCACUUGAAGGCGUUGCAUACCUGCAGCCCUACAAAGAAGGAGCAGGGAGAGUCGACCACAAGCCAGAAGUUGAGUUUUAAGGAGCGGGUGAGGAUGGCGAGCCCCCGAGGUCAGAGCAUCAAGAAUAGGCAGACGUCAUCAGUGAACGACAGGCGCUCUCCGGUGGCUGACGCUGGCACAGAGGGCACCAGUCCCGCCAAGGUUCAGAAGAGCUGGAGCUUCAACGACCGCACGCGGUUCAGACCGUCGCUCCGCCUCAAGAGUCAGUCCCGCUCCACCACUGAUGACUCCAACAUUACAGCGGAGGACGGUUUUGAUGAGAAGGGCUGUCACUGCGACAUCUCAGUGGAGGACUUGCAGCCCUCGGUCAAGUCUGUCAUCCGAGCUGUCAGGAUCAUGAAGUUUCAUGUAGCCAAGAAGAAGUUUAAGGAGACGCUGCGUCCGUAUGAUGUGAAGGACGUGAUCGAACAGUACUCUGCCGGUCACCUGGACAUGCUGUGCCGCAUCAAGAGCCUGCAGACCAGGCUGGACAUGAUAGUAGGCCCACAGCCCCUGAGCAGCCGAGCCAAGGCCUUUUCCUCCCCCUCCCUGUCUGUCUAUUACAGCCAGGGGAGGAAGAACUCCACCCAGGGGGUGGACCAAAUCCUUGGGAAGGGCCAAAUUCCUCUGGAUAAGAAGAUUCGAGACAAGCUGCUCUCUGAUGGCGAUAUACUGGAGGACAUGAGCAUGCUGGGUCGCGUCUGUAAGGUGGAGCGACAGGUCCAGUCGAUUGAGUCGAAGCUGGACUCCCUGCUCGACAUUUAUCGUCAGGUUCUGCGUAAAGGCUCGUCUUCGGCCCUCACGCUUUCCUCUCUUCCCCUCUUCGAGCUGGAACAGACUUCAGACUACCACUCCUCUGUCUUCAGCAAGGACAUGUCCUGCUCCACCCAGGUCAGCAGCAGUGGAGCGCCGCCCACCAGUGGCUUCGUCACUCGCUCCUCCACCAGUUCUCAUCUCUCGCAGGGAGGACUCCAUCUCAUCCUGGGGCCCCCCAACGAGCUCAACCUCAAUCUCAAUGCCCCCUCUUCCACGCCUCCCUCUGGCCUCGCAUCAUCCUCUUUCAGCCCAUCGCCCCUGCCACAUCAUCAUCACCAUCGCCACCACCACCAUCCCCAGGCUCAGGCCACCACACCUGAAAGUGGCACUGAUGAGGCUAUGGGUAGUUCUCCACCCAUCCUCACCCCGAACAGUGUCAGCAGUUCAGGGGACAGAGGAGUAAGAGAUGGUGGGUUUCCUCUUCUGGCGAGGCUUCCACCUCCACCCCCUCCUAGCCGAAGUCACGGCCCAGGCACUUUAGUGCGAACAGCCUCCAUAGAGGUAUCCCCUGACAUAGAGGACUUUUGUGGAGGUCUUGGGACACAGAUGGAGGACAGCGUUGUCGGGAAGGGCCUUGGGUUGGGGCUCAACAGAUUGGGGCAGCAGCUCCAAGGGAACAGCAACAGCAGGCUUAGCACAAAGGAGGAGGGAUCUUGGAGGAGACAAAUGAGCUUGGAGCUGGAGCCCCUGGUGCCACCAGCGCUGGGCUGCAGCUCUGGGUCCAACGAGAUGGACCGAGGAUUGGGCAAGUCCAUGUCAGUGCAGGAUCUGAAGCAAGUAGCCCCCACCCAUCACGGCCACAGCCUGUCAUCUCCAAGCCCCAGUACAAGCAGUGACUCCCCCAUUGGCUUCCAUAGCUGUAGCCAAGAUCCUGGGGGAGGAGGGGGCGGUACAGGUAGGAGGAGUGGAGGUGGGUGGGGUGAGGAGGACCUCUUUAUCAGUGAUAGAGACAUUGAGACGCAGGGACUUGACUUCUUGUCACAGGGGUCUGCUGAGACUCCGACUUACUCCUCAGAACUCCUGAGGACAGGCGGCAGAGCCGGAGCAGGGACCCAGGGCUCAAACCGCAGUCUGGCCAGCGGUCACGCAUCCUUGCCCUCUACUGGCAGCAACGAGUUGCUGAACAUGCCACACGUACGGCUAAAAUAGACCCAGCUACAUGUCGGGAAGGUACACCAAUCUCACCUCAAAAAGACGGUUUUUAUCCUUUUUGGAGGGAAGUGGGUGGGUGGGAAUAUUACAUGGGGUCUUCUUCUGUUUAUAUUCAUGUUGAUCCAUUUGAUAAGAAUCACAGUAUUUUCAUACAGGCUGACCAUAUGACAUAUCAUUGCAUGAGUUUUGUUUUAAAGUGUGAUUGACAAAUCUGAGAUAAGAGCCUGAGAAACGACAACAGAGACACCCAAAAACCUCCGCUGUUAAACUCGGGUUGAUAUGAGACCUUGACAUACAGCAUGGAGUGCAUGCUUAUUGUAAAGAGGUACAGAGAUUUGAAAGGUAAAGUUUGCAGUCGAGGGCAUGGGCUCCUAACACUUAUUGAAACCCUCUCUGAGAAUGGCCAUGUUCAGUGUAUAAAAGCCACAUUUUGUGUGUCUCCCAUCAAACAAGACGUUUCCACACUGAAAUGAUCACUACUGCCAGAUGCAUUCUUUCUUUCCCAUCUUUAACCUCUUAAGAUUCACAAGGUCAUUGAUGACAUAUCUUAGGUUUCGGUUUCUUAGCAUUCAACCCAUUUUUGAACAUUUUCACCUGUUUGGAAAAUGGAAAAUCUUUUUAUAGAAAAACUGUAAUGUGGAAAUGAACAAGACUUAAUUCUGAGAUGUAACGUCGUCUUUGUUUCUGGAAAUUUGGCCUUGUGGCUAAAAUAAGACCCAACUUUAACCAUAAUCUGUACAGGUAAUCUGAAGUUAAGAGGGUAAAUUUUAUGAAACUAAAGCAAUACGUUCAAAAGGACAGAAUUUAAAUCAUUUUAGUUUCAAUCAAACCUUUAAAAAGAACUCUAUUAAAAAGGAAUAUACCAGUGUAAUGUGAAUACAGGCAAUACGAUUUACGUUUUCAUGCAUGUUUUUUUUUUCCGUCUUUACAGCAAGAACAACAAAUUUCUUGUGGUUUUAGGUUGUUGUCCUCAACACAAUUUUGGAACUCUGUUUUAUAAGGUGCAAGAACACACAGGGAAGGUAGGGGAGGGGCCAGUUGCAUUCAGAGAUUUGAUUGUCAGUAAUUAAAAUGAACAAAUGGGCUCCUGUUUGUGCUUGUAGGGCCCCCCCAAAAAAGAAAAAAUAUAUACACUGAUGUAUUGGAGCAUAAUGAUGUUAUCAAGUAUUGUUAUGUUAGUAUAAGUACAGUUAGAUUCUCUGAGCACCAUGGUUCUUUAUCUCUUAUGUUUUCCAUCAAGGUAAAAUGAUAUUUUUGGACUGUUCAACCACAAUCACUGACUGUAUAUAAGAGAUGGACGUAGCUUCUAGAUCUGAAAAGUGAAGUCAAUGCAGAAGUGCGUUAAACCUGCAUUCUUUUUGAUGGCCAGCAGGGGGACACUCCCUUGGUUCAAAAAGAAAGCCCUGUUGUAUAAACUGAGAAAGAAAUGUCCCUGCUGCUCACUUCCUCGAUGGGUUCAUAGUUAACAUCACUAGUUUCAAGUAAAAUAUUGUUCAUUUUGUGAA